CAGAAGCAAAGUGGUUUGUUACUGGGAAUUCCCCGACGGCUGAUGAGUACUUGCAGAUUGGGAUUAUCACUACCGGAGUCCCCAUGGUUCUCAUUAUGUGCUUCUUCCUGCAAGGCCACGGUGCAUCCACGGGAACCACAGAUAUUGAAGACAUUAUAACUUCAGUGGGAGCAAUUCUUCGCCUCUUAGAUGACCUUGACGCCACUCAGGGUGAGAAGCAAGAUGGAAAUGAUGCGUCAUAUGUAGAGUACUACAUUAAAGAAAACCAAGGUGUUUCAUUAAGUGAUGGAAAACAACACGUUAUCAAUAUGGUUUCAGAACAGUGGAAGCUCCUAAACAAACAGUGCUUAUCUCCAACUUCAAUUCCAGCAUCUUUUAGGAAAGCUUGCUUAAAUAUUACAAGAAUGGUGCCAAUGAUGUACAACUACAGUGACACUCACUGUCUACCCAUCCUCCAGAAGCAAAUCAUGUCCAUGUUUUCUACAAUCAAUGUCGACUCUGCUCAGCUACUCUAGCUGCAGGAUGGCCUGAAUGGGAUAGUAAGAUCGAAA